AUGGAGCUGCGUGAAGAGCGCGUACAGCGAUUGCAAGAUCUGGAGGAGAUUUAUGCUAAAGACAAAAGGCUGGAGGCUGUGACGGCAGAAAUGUCUGCUGCUACACGAGGUUUCAACCAAGUGAAUGAAGCAAUAGCUCACAAAGAUGCAGAACUUGUGGGCCUACGUGCCACUGCGAAAUGCAGUGCGAAGCUGCUCCAGAAAGCUGAGCAAGAUUUUCUCACCACUCAUCAGGAUCUAGAAAAUACACAGCUCAAAUUGCUAGAUUGCAAACGUAAGCUGUCUGUCAAAGAACGCGAGGCGCGCAUGUGGAUCGAGAGAUACGAACAAGUUAUGAUGGACCUCCAUGCUUCACAGUUCCGCCUAACGCAAGUAGCACGAGAUGCAAGCUCGAAGGAAGCAGCGCUAACGCGAGGGCACGCAAUAGAUAUCAUCGAUCCCGCUAAUGGAGUUGCGAGUCUUCGCCCUCGUCCUGUGGCAUUGAUGAAGCCUGUUGGGCUGCAUGAUCGCGCUGUUCGGAAAUAUCGACGAGAUCAAAUAUCGAAUCGAGCCCAUGCAAGCACAGCCAGUAUCACAAACUUGCAGCCAGCCUCUCGUUUGAUGCCAGUACACUCGGCUGGUUCCCUUCCUCAAGUUCAUAGUUCUGCAAUACCCGAUCCGGUGUCUGCGAUUAGCCGCGAAUGUUUCCAAUGUACAGCUACAACGCCACCUGCCAGGCCCAAGAAGAAUCGAAAUCUCGACAUGAUUCGAGACGACCGCGACGCACCAGAAAACCAGCCUGGGUCGAAAUACCUUGGCUAUGGCUUGGGACUUCUCAAGAAGGACCACACCGUUCCAAAUAACAACUACAAUUAA